GUCACUCCUCAGCGCCUCUGUUUGGCGCAGAGUAAUGACGUCAGCCUUCCAGUGGAGACAACAUGGCGAAGAAACAACGUGGGAAAACUUCACCGUCAAAGAAAGCGACAGUAGAGACAACAGAGAGGAUCAUGGAGAGUUUCAGUGAUGAGGAGGAGGAGGGUCCUGAAGAGGUCGCGUUUGAAGACUCGAAGACUGAGGCUCUCAGGAGCAUGAAGGAGGCUCUGCAGAGAGCCAGGAGGGAGAAAGAGCUGCUGAAGGAAAAGAGACGGAAGAGACAGGAGCUGUUCCAGGAGCAGAAGAAAAGAAAACUUUUACCGGACGAUGUUUUGGAGGAAAUGGACUCUGCUCCCUCAAAGAAGACGAGACAGGUGGACGAAGAAGCUCCUCAUCCUGAUGAAGAGGAGAAGCAGGACGAAGAGCGAGACGAGGGGAGCCGGAGGAAGAAGAAGAAGAAGAAGAGUGGGAAAAUGGCACGCAGCAGAAAUCUGAAGGGAAACUACACGGUGACCACGGCCAAAGAGCGAGCGUCGGCGUCCUGCCAGCAGCAGGCGGCUCAAGACUUCAUCCAGUCCAGACUGUACGGACCAGGAAGCUGCAGGACCACAAGUAACGAGCUGCUCUCCCUCCAGAACAAGAAGGGGAGGAAUAAAAGUGCGGCUGUGCAGUUUGUCAAGAAAGACUGGGCCUGUAAAGAAAAAGCCAAAGCAGAGAAGCUGAAGAAGAGGUGGGUCCACAGGCAGCAGAUUUCCUCCUGCUGACCCGGAAACAUCUUCAGCUGACCUUCACCGCGGAGAGGAAAUACAAACCGAACUUUUACAAAAGGAAGAGAUUUCUAAGAGUUCCCGUCUGUUUGUUAUAAAGCAGGACGUGUGACCAUGGAAACGCCUUCUGAGUGUGUGUGUGAUGACCUGUUGAUUAAAUGUGUAUCUUUGAGAAUAAAGACGUUUAGUGAACAAA